AUGUCAAACUUUGCACUCAUCCUCGUUCUGGUUGCGACGCUGCUCGGCUACUCGACAGCAGUUGGAGUCAAGUUGGUCGCUAAUGUUUCUAUCCCGACGCCGAUUAUUGGUGAUGCCAUCUUUGAGGACCUCGAGACACCUGCCCCGAUCAUCGGUCAGGGCAUUUUUGAGGACCUCGAAAACAUCACCCACGGCGUCAACCACCGAUACCUGCAGGCAGCAUACCCGCCCAACGGAUUCCAGACUGAGCUACUCAAUGCUGUGAACCGGGAACGUACUGCCAAAGGAAUAUCUCCGCUGUGCAUGAACACAAAGCUGCAGAACGCCGCCCAGGGCCACUCGAAUGACAUGGCUGCCAAGGAUUACAUGAGCCACACCGGCUCCGAUGGUUCUAAGAUGUCGCAGCGGAUCCAGCGUGCAGGCUACAACCGCACCGCCUCCGGUGAAAACGUCGCUGCUGGACACACGACGGUGCAGGAAGUGAUGACGGCGUGGAUGAACUCUCCUCGCCACCGUGACAAUAUUUUGCGCAAAAAGUUCACCAUGUUCGGCUGUGGUUACGCGUACAGCGAGAGCUCCACGUACAAGCAUUACUGGACGCAGAACUUCGGUCGUAGCAACACGGAAAAGUGCUCGUAA